GUUCGACUAGAAUGGGUCGUUGAUGACGUAUGCCAAAAUCUUUUUCAAGUACAAUAUACAUUUCAGUGUGAAGAAUAAAAAUGAACUAACCAUAGUGAUUUGCUUAGUACUGUGAAGUGCAAUGUGAAAAAAGCUUUUGAAAACACUCAAAAACUGAGCACGUCGUCAAGUGAAUAGCGGAAAUCAAACCAUUCCAGACGUCUACCGUUCGACAGAUGCCUUGAAGGUGCGUUUCGAUGCUUAAUAAUGGUGUGAGCGUGAGUGUAUCAGGCGACUGGUGACUGUCUCGCCUAUGAACGGGAGUGAAGAAGCUGCUUCAACUUUUCCUGGUAUAUUCAGUAACUUAGCAUUUUGUGAGACAGAUGACUAGUAGUUGAGUGAAAAAAUCAAUCAAAUAAAUCUUCAUUAAUUAUGGUGUCAGGUUUCUCUUUCCUUCUUGUGGUCCAGUUUUAUUCUACCGCGAGAUCUUUGUGAAACGAAAAAGCUUCAUGAAAAAGUGUUUGUAGCUCAAGACUAAAUUGACAUGUGUAAAAAUAAAUGUUUGUUUUAUAUAGUGCAAAUACAAAUUUUGAAAUAGACCAAGGUGUAUCGGUGAUUAUAAUUGUUUGUAAACAUACAGUUUUGAGAUAAUGAGAAUUUAAAAAUGGCACGCAGUACGAACGAGAGACGUUGAACAACAAACAGGUUACACUAAAAAUACAAAUUCAUUGUAAUUGAAUCAUCUAUACUCAGAUAAACCCACACGAAGAUUUUCUACAAGCACAUUGAGGGGGUAGACCAACACGAUCGUUGUGAGUAAAACAGUUGAGAGCACACAAGAGCAUGUAACCAUGCGAGAGUGAGUACCUCCCAGUCAGUCAGUCAGCCAUCCAUCCAUCCAUCCAUCCGGUUCCGAGGGUGGUAAUAGCAUUGGCAGCUUGUCUGGUCGUGUGUGGAAUAGCAUAAAAACCGAACCCUGCUGUACAAAAGAAAUAUAAAACCUCUCUCUCUCGGCAGAAACGAGAACAGGCGAAACUUAAUGUUCGGAAUGAUGGUGCCAAGACAGAACUACAGAAAAAAUCACCAAAGGGAGCAGUUUCCCGAGAGCGACCGCUGGAUGUAGAAUACAUCCGUUCACGAAAACACGCUGCUCGAACGGUGUAGAUUGUAUUUCGUCAUUCAUAUAACGACCACAGACUGUGCUAUUCUCUUCGCUCUUGUACCACCAGGUCCCCCCAACGGAGCCGUUCGAAUAAUGGAGUGAUAGAACAGUACGUAGCAGACCUACCCAGGACUUAUUGAGUAUUUCAGUGCCGAGUGUGAAAGUUUGAAUAGUUUUUCGGUGCUGAAUUCGAUUGGGACCCCUGCAAGGUAGAAAAAAUCGCGACCGAGCCGUAAUCUCACACUGAGUGGGAAAGAAAAUGCUUUGCUGUGAUAAGACGAAUGCCAUUGGAGCUCACUGCAGUCGUAGUACGAUUGGAAACAUCUCGAGAUUCAGCAAUGGACCUCUUCGGCAACCGGAUAGUCUACUCGAUAUCACAGCCCGGAUCGUUGCACGGAAUGAACCAUUUCAGAAGAUCGAGGAACGCUAUGAUCGCAUUCCAGAGCCGGUACAGAGGCGUAUCAUCUAUUGGUCCUUUCCGCGCAAUGAGAAAGAUAUCUGCAUGUACAGCUCUCUUUCCAGAGUUUCAUCGCUAAAUUCUGUGGAACCCCAAAGCCUCAGUUUUUGUGCUGGACUUAAGCUUGUAGAAUCCGGUUGUGUGGAAGAUGUGCUUCAGGUUGGAUUCCAUCUCAGUGGCAUCGUGUGGACAUACCCUCCAAGCCACAGUCAUCGGCAAUCUUCAGCAGCGGCCGCAUCCGGUACCCGCAAUGAACUCUCCUACCAAUACUCCAACAUAAGCAACAAUCAUCCUCAUAACAACUACAUUGGACACAAUAACCAUCAUCAUAAUCUGCACAACCAUCGGCCUUUGACGCCUCCACCUUUACACCAAGCUCCGUUACCUCCCGGGCCUCCCAUUCCACCUGGUGUGAUGGGAGUUGGUGGCCCAGUGGUGAUACCACCUCCACCCGGUAUCGCCCAGCCCGUGCCACCACAAUACAACAAUAAUCCAAAUAUUGAUCGUGAUGGAUUCAACAAUAUUUCAACCCCGUCAUCUUCAGGUGCAGGCAAUAUGGAGGAGAACAAAAAAUUCAAAGUGUCAGUCAGUUUCGAUAGGUGUAAAAUCACAUCAGUGACGUGUAGCUGUGACACAAAGGACAUUUUUUGGUGCCAUCAUGUCGUUGCUUUAGCUCUAUAUAGAAUACGAAAUGCCGAGACAGUAAAACUGAGAGUUCCUAUAUCUGAAACACUGUUACAAAUGAAUCGUCAACAGUUACAAAAAUUUAUACAAUAUUUGAUCUCAGAACAUCAUACCGAAGUCUUGCCUACCGCCCAACGGCUAGCAGAUGAAAUUCUGCAGCAACGGUCUGAAAUAAAUUCGAUAUGUGGAGCCCCCGAUCCAACCGCUGGUGCCUCGAAAGAUGACGAUCAUUCCUGGCACUUGGACGAAACUCAAGUUUGUGAAGCUGUUAAAACCUACCUCGGCCAGGGUAGUUAUUAUUAUAGUAGCAAACAUUUGAAUUCCCUGUUUGGAAAAGUACGGGAAAUGUUGCGUGCCCAGGACUCGAACGGCGCUCGUAUGCUGACAUUAAUAACAGAGCAGUUCCUGAAUGAUCCUCGCUUAGUUUUGUGGAAGAAUCACGGUACACCAAUGACAGAGAAAUGUCGACAGUUAUGGGAUCAACUUGGAGCGCUCUGGGUUUGCAUUGUUCUGAAUCCAAAAUCGACUUCAGUGGAAAGAUUACACUGGAAAGCAUUACUGGAAAAAUGGUCCAAAAGUGAAGUUUGUCCCCAGGAGGAUCCUGAUUUACGAACAUCUACUAGAGAAAGCAUUCGUGAGCGGUCCAACCGAGAGCGAGAAAGAGAUAGAAAUCGAUUUUUCCGUGAAAAUAAUCUGCGUAACAUGAUGUACUAUAAUCAAAAUAAUAUAAAUCCAAACGACCACCGUCGACGAAACUACAAUGAACCCAUGUUGAUGGGUCCAGUUCUCGAAAGACCAAAUAACAAUCAAAAUGAGAAUUUUGAUAGCUCUGAGUCCGAUUCUGAUUCUGAUGAGGAAAUGGAGGAAAAUAAUGAGGUUGAAAACGUUAACAACCACAAUAACGAAAAUCAAAACGCUCUUCGUGAGCCAAAUCGUGAUAAUAUUGAAGAGGAUGUAGACCAAGUGCAUAACAUUCUUCAAGAUAUAAACUUCGGUGUCACUGGAGAAGCUAGUAAGACGGAGGAAAAUGACUACAUGAAUUUAUUGAAUGGAAAUGACGCCCUUAAUCCUAUCAUGCCAGAAAACGACGAUAGUUCUAGGGAAUCUAUGGAUGCAGAUAAUGAUAAUCCAAGUUCAAGCGGUGUUGUUACUAGCAAACCUGUUAAACAAGAUACUUUUUUCAACGAUAAUCCUUGUAUAUGUGGCGAAGAAAAAUGUGAAUGCAAUCGUCCGGUAUUUUUCAAUGAAAUAAAACCAAGUAAAUUUUUUGACUGCGAGGCAUCAAGUUUUUUGGUGACUGAAGACGCCAAUCAGGGCUGUGAGCCAAUGAAAGUAAAUGAAGAUGAGUUGGAGGCCAGCGAUGAGAAGUUGGUAAAGCACUGUGAUAUUUUAACGAAAGAAAAUACUUUGAGUUCCUUCGAGGACUUGGCAAUUCCUGGGCCAUCAGGAUUGGGAAGAUUGCCAAUCCCAUCAUCUUCUAUUUCCUCUGCGAUCGCUGUGACCCAAGUUGAUAACUGUAAGUGUCACAAGGAUAAUGAUAACUUGAGUGGUAGUUGCUCUUCCACCAGCAAUAAUAAUGGGGGAUCUUGUGUAAAUAAUGAUGAAAAAGUUGAUAAAACAGAAGAAUCGGUUCCGAAUAAUACAGCGAGCAAUGAAGUUCAAGUGUUUCUCGCACGAGAUGAUGAUGCAGGUAAAUCGAACCAAAUGGAAGCAGAAGUCGAAGAACCACAGCCGGGACCUUCGAAAGCAUCUGACUGCACAAGCAAACGGCCACAGGCGGUGGCAAAUGAUCGUAACAAUGAUCAUAAUGCUAGACCGUGUAAACGAUUAAAACUCAAUAAUGGAAACUGGGUCGGCAAAAAUGUCAACAAAACACCUAGAACUAUAUUUCACAAAGCGCUUGAUGCUGUGAACAUGACGUGGGACAAUGACCAUCUUAAAUUCAUUCUGGAAUCUGAUAGUUAUUCGUUGUCAAGUAAACAUUCGGUACAAAUAGCUGGUUCCAGCAAGUCGUUGAGCAACAGUCCAAGCUCAAAAUCGAACUUCAAUGCACUCGGUCAGCCCCUUUGGCAUGAGCAAAUUUCAAUGACUGCCGCUCGUGUUGAUUCGCUUCGUUCCCAUGGUCAUAUCGAUGCUGCCCUUAGAUUGUCUGUAAGUGUUGUAAGAACAAUGAGAGAAAUUCAACGCGACGCACAAGCCCUUUGGCACCGUCACAAACCAAAGAUCGCAGAUAAUAAAGUAGCAGAGGCUGUAUGUAACUGUCAUAAUAAUAAACCAAUAGAGCCGGUUCCAAUACCAUCUCUAUUGCCAUCGCAAAAAAAGGAAGCACCUCCCCAAACACAGCCCCCUCCCGUCGCUGGUUCUUCAUCUUCAAGUUCAUCUGGUUCUAACAAUAAAUUAAAUUGCCAGUGUCCUGCACAUGUUAACCAUUUGUUACCUAAUCCUCCUCCACCACCAUUGCCACCACCACAACAGCAGUUUCAACAUCAUCAAAUGAAAAAAGAUUGUUCCAAGUGUUUGCAAAUUAAAUGCUAUUACGAGUCGGUCGGAUCAUCUUCUAAACAUAAUUACUACAACAACAUGAUUCGAAACAGUCGCAGUGGAAUGAUGUGCCCUUCUGCAAAGUGUAAUCCAUUUAUUCCACCAUCAGCAGAAAUGUUUCGUAAUCCUCAUCCUCAAUGUAGUCGAGAUUAUCGUUACAUGAAAUUCAGUAUGAUGCCUCCUCCACAACAUCAUCCACAUAUGCAUCAGCACCAACAUCAGCAUGGCGUACCUCCAUUGAUGGGGCCUCCGCAAGGACCACAUAAUGCCGGCUCUGCUCAUCAUGUACAUAAUCAAAGUCAUGCUAUUCCGCCUCCAGCAGCCAUGCCUCAACAACAUCCUACAGGCGAACAUCCGCCAUUGGCACCUAAAUGCAAUUGUCCUGUUCACAAGGAAGAUCGACACGAAGGUGUUCCGCUGCAGCCACCACCACCUCCUCCUGGAGUGUCCAAUAUGGCACCACCACCGGUUCCGGGUCCUUCCAAAUCAUCUACCGUACUACAGCCACCUCCGCCACCGCCACUAGCACCGUACCAUCCCCCAGACGUACUAUCAAAAUCACAGAUCGUUUGCACUCAACAUGACAAAGCACAGUGUUGUAUAAAAAAUAUAUGUUGCAAAAUGGCCUCACAGGGCAAGACCCAUGAGCCGCACUAUAGCGCUCAAGCUGGCCCUUCUAGUUCAUCUCAGUUUAUGCCUCCACCACCGGCUCCAUGUAACUGUGGAAUGCACACCAAUCAAAUUGGAGUGUACAACGCCGUGUACAACGGGCACCCAGCCCAUGUCAUAACACCUUCGUCUAUGCCCGGACCAAGUACAUCUCGCACUUUACCAAAACCGUACGAUAGACCUGCAGUAUCUUAUCCAGAAAAUGACAUCAACGGACCUAGUUGUUCAGCAAAACAUUCAACCCAAUCAUCGUCAUCAAAUGUUUGCAUUCGAGAACCCGUUAAUACACCAUCGAAUUCUUCUGUAGCAGCUUCAUCCUCAGCAACUUCAUCUUCAAUCAAAGUGCACCAACCGGACUGCGCGCUCCAUAGAAAAUGUUCAGAAACUAUAAAUAGUAAUAAUUCUUCUAAAUCCAAAAUGAACACAAUCAACCAUGGAUCCUCAUCAUCUAAAGCUACAUCUAUCCUAGAUCCAAUCAAAAUAAACCGUAAGCCCAAUUGUUUGUCAAAGUGCAUCGAUUGCAGUGUCGGCUGUGAAGUAGAAUUUCCUCUUGAUGCGAUUGCUUGUAUAUUUGACUGCUUGGCAGAAGCAUGCAUAAUGCCUGAAGCUAUGGUUAACGAAAUGAGCCGCAUGGCUUAUGAAAUCGGUGUCAGUGGUAAUGGCCAAGGAAACACCACACCGCCUGAAGAUGUUAAUAUUAUUCCGCCCAAAUAUCGGCACAUCCCUGUUCCGGGGACAAACGAUAGGUAUGAAACUUACCUGACUCUAGCAUUCGAAGCGGCUAUUUUAGCUUUAAGUAAGCAGAGAAUUAUGCCUCACGGUUUAUAUGCACAGCAUGUGAUAUGUAAGCAACAGGAUCAAUUGAUAUCACGUUUACGUAAUAUUGACCUAGAUCAAAUGUUGAUCGACGUCCUGAAAAAUUUAAGCAUUCAACUACUCGAUGGUGGUCCUACUAGUGGCCUUGGUGAAAUGAUUCAUCCAGAAUCCGUACCAAUGCACACGUUGGCACGGUUUUUGUUUGCUUCUCUGUUGAAUCAAUAUCCCGAUCUUGCCUUCAGUAUCGGAUUACGAGCAAUGCGCUUUCCGAUUCUGGAAAAUGUCAGCGAAGGCUCUGUGAAUGGAAUUGAAAUGCAGCAUAAUAACUUUAUGCAUUCACCAUAUCCACGUUGGUGGACAUUGGGGCACUUGGAAACGCAGCAGUGUUCACUAAGUUCUACGAUGCUCAGUGCGGCCAAAGGAGACACAAAACGGCUCUCAGCCGUCUUGGAAAAUGCUCGCCGGAACAUACACAGUUCGUCACAUUUAUUCAAAUUGGCACAAGAUGCAUUCCGUUUCGCUACACCGGAGAAUGGACCACGUAGUCAAACUUUACUUGGUGUCGCUUUCGAGCUGGGUCUACAGGUUAUGAGAAUGACCUUAACGUGUCUAAAUUGGCGCCGAAGGGAAAUGGUACGAUGGCUAGUCACUUGUGCUUCUCAUGUCGGUCUAGAAGCGUUAAUGUCUAUAAUGCAAAAUUGGUAUCAUCUCUUUACGCCAACUGAAGCAACCGGUCCAGUAGCAACUACGAUCAUGUCACAUUCCACAAUUAUGAGAUUGAACCUGAGCUUUCGCCAACAAGAUGAAUUGUCUAACUGCGCACGAACAUUGGCUUUGCAGUGUGCGACCAAAGAUCCACCGAAUUGCGCUUUAAAUGCGCUAACUCUAUGCGAAAACGACGCAAUGGCAUUCGAGACUGCCUAUCAUAUCGUUAUAGAUGCCGCAACACAUAUAAUGACUUCUAGUCAGCUGUUCACUAUUGCUAGGUAUAUGGAACAUCGAGGCUAUCCUUCGCGAGCUUAUAAUUUGGCAAUGCUGGCAAUGAAGAACGUGCAGUUGGCCUACAAUCAAGACACUCACCCUGCAAUCAAUGACAUUCACUGGGCUUGUGCUCUGUCACAUUCAUUAGGGAAAGCAGAGCUGUCAAAAAUGAUUCCCUUGGUGAUAAAAAAUGUGCAAUGUGCCACUGUACUAUCGGACAUUUUACGCCGUUGCAGUGUACCAACUCCCGGAAUGCAUAAUUUCAACGCUCAUGGUAGAGGUAAUAAUAUGCGUCAGUGUAUGAAAUUAAGCUACGACCGAGAACCUUUGAACCAGCUUCUUGAAGCUGCUGUUUCCGCCUAUGUGAAUACAACUCAUUCACGGCUGUCACACAUUUCUCCAAGACAUUACAGUGACUUUAUUGAUUUCCUUAGCAAAGCUAGGGACACUUUUAUGCUUGCCCGUGAUGGCCCUGCACAUUUCUCACGACUCAUCGAGAAUAUUACAAUUGCCUAUAAAGGAAAGAAAAAGCUGGUUCGGCAAGUCAGGCAACGAUUUCAGUUUGUUUAAGCCAACUGGUAAUAUGCUGUAUUUUAACAAAAAGACAAAAUAUCAGUGAAAUUAAGACCCUUGAUUUAGCAAACAGUAUAUAGUUAGAAUAACAAAUUACACAAUAACAACUUAGUCCACUGAUUAUUUAAAAAAUUUCACCUGUGUUUAGUAAUCGAGAAUGUUGUUUUCGUUUAUUAUACAAUAACAAGCAGUAUUAUUCACAUUGAACAGGCUCUUCCAUCUUGGUUUAGAUACGUUUUUGUUAUUGUUAUUUGUUGUAAUUUUCGUAACUUUGGUGAUGAAACAUUUUCAUUCGGUUGGACACAAGUUGGUUAUAAAUAUUGCAUUCAAAAAAACACAAUGCAAAAAUGUUGUAGUCUUUAAUUGCGUUAGAGAAUACAAAAGUCAAUGUUUUGGUUCGGUUGGAUUGAAAAUAUUACUCGUUAGAAAAUAAACACUACCUAGUAAUGUGUAGCAUAGACAAAUAAGCUUAGACCAUGACUUCCAUUUUUAUAAUUCAACUAACAAAGCUAAACUUACACUGACACGUGUAGGGGGAAACAUGAUGGAAACUAGCGUCAAUAUGGCGUAAAAACAAACUCGCUCUUCAGAGUAAACACUAUAUAUUUUCCGUGAUGGAUGCAUUUGCAACUACAAUUGUGUGCUGUCCGUGUAUUGUACAAAUAUACUAAAGGUAAACUGGCUGAUAACGUGCGUACAUAUAUAACACAAGUAGAACUGACAAAAUAUCCUAGUAGAUAGUCAGCAUAAACAACUUUGUUCGCGAAGAAAAAAUUAUCAAUUAUCUCGGUUACUUUCUAGUAACUGAAUUGGAAUUUUUGUAAUGCGUUUUGUUUUACUUUCAAUAAACUUUGUGCCACCAUAUCUGUGCCGAAUGAUCGACUUAGAUUUCAGUUUGUAGUAUGAAAGACAAAAUAAUACUUAGUUAAUUUACACCAAUUUGGUUGAAAUACCUCAACUAUUUAAAUUGCUUGCUAGAUAAAUUUACAUGAUUUGCACUUAAUUUAGUCUGUAUGAGCCUAUUGACGAACCAGCGUUCCACGAAGGAAAGAUGUUUUGAAUUACAUCUGCAUAACAAAAAUGCGAAUAACUGCAUUUAAAAAUAGGAGUCUGUUAUGUGAUGAUGUAAUGAUAAUUUGAAUAAAAUAAUAACUAAACAGCAUUAUGCUUUUAGUAUAUCGCAUCAUAAACCGACAUUGUAAUGAAAUAUUUACUGCCAAAACAAGUUAAUCAAAGAAAUUCGUUAACGAAUGUAAUGAAGAAGAAAAAAUAGGAUGCAUUACGAUAUAUGAACUAAAAUCAAUGCCAUUAAGUUCUACCCAUUCGAUUAUAUCUGCAUUUUCAUACUCUGUACAAGAGUUUCACAAAAAUUGAGAUCAAGGAUUAACAAGGCACUUUUGAACAUAUGUUUCAUAUACUAUAGAAUAUCAUUCAACUAUUAGGAAGCAUUUUUAAUUUAUAACAUAAAGCUAUUAAUCCAAAUUUCUGUUCAUAUAUAGUUUCUGAACAUAUGAAGCAGAUCCAACAGCAUUUUGAUUGAUUUCAAUAAUAAAGUUGUUACACCUCUUAUGUUUUGAUGUAAGUUUAUCUCAGGUAUUGUAAGAUUUAAUUAUUAAAUAAAACGUCAAUAAGGAAAUUUACAUAGUACUGCAAAAAUAACUAUCGAUAAAAUAACAAAGUAAACAAUUUCAAUGAU